AUGAAUACAUCCAUUCAAACUGUCUCAAAAUCUGACAUUAAUUUACUAGAUUUAUUACUAAUCAAGAGUGAUACGUGUAGAAAUAAAACACAAGUAGAAUGUGUAGAACUUGAUCAAAAAGAUAAUGAUGUGAUUGAUUUCGAUUCAGCGAUUGUAUUAGUUGGUCGAUUUAAUAAUAAUAAACAAAUACAAUACUAUUUCAAUCAUAGUCAUUCUUCGCAUAAUCAGUACGAUGAUUUAUCUCAUACACGUGAUUUUAAAUAUCAGAUACAUUCUGAUAAACAACAACAAAUAAAUGUUGUUGAUCAAAUGAUUGCUGAAUCAUAUAUUCCUUAUUCUCUGUUACCAAAACAUUUCAAAUCACAACAAAGUCAAUGGCAGACAUCAUUCAGAGAUCAAUAUUUUAUUCCUAAUAAUCUUUGUUAUGAAUCAGAUACAAACAAUUGUUAUAAUUCACAUUCUUAUCGAGGAUUUGAACAUUGUUCAUAUGCUAUCAAUAAACGGAACAGACCUUGUCUACAUUCGAAUCAGCAACGUGGAAGAUAUCGAAGUUAUAGACGAAAUGGUAAUAGUUGCAUUCUUGAUGAUCAUCGAGUAAAUACGUUCAUGCCAGAUAAAUAUCAAUAA